GAGGAGGAAGAGGAGGAGAUGGAGACGCGCAGCUCCUCCCCCGGGCUUUCGGAUCGGAUGGAUUUACUCACUGAAUGUCUUCGGUGAAUCAUAAUCCUCCAAACACAACAUGAAAACACGUUAUAUUGACAUAAUUCAUAUAAACCGUCGCUGGUCAUCGUGUCAGGCAGACUGAAUUUGAAACACCGCGCACUGACGGAACUUAGCUUGUACUUUAAUUCCAAUAAUAUCAUAUACCUUGAUUAGUUGAGAGUGCUGAAUGUCUGUUUAACAUCUAAAGAAAGAAAAAGACCAACUACAACACAAGUUUAAGAGGAAAACACUGGAGAAAAAGAACUCAAGUACCUGCGCUGAUCACCUUGCCGACGAGAAGGUCUGCGGUGUGUGAGUGGGAUGUCUGCAGAUCAGCUGUGGCCUGACUAUGGUGAAACACCAACCGUUACAGGUGUAUGAGAGACAGCUGUGUUUGUCCUGUUUGACCGGGAUCUACGGCUGCCGCUGGAAACGGUACCAACGCUCCCAUGACGACAGCUCCAAGUGGGAAUGUUCAUGGUUCUUCCUCGUCUGCUGUUCGUUUCUCCUUCUCCUCGUCUGGUCCUACUUCUGGUUGGAGGCUCGUAAUGACUACAACGAGUUCAACUGGUUGUUAUAUAAUCGUUCGGCCGUUUGGAAGGAUGGCACAGUCCCCAUUCUCGCCACAACACUCACAGGAUUCACUUACACUGCAUUUUUAAUGAUUCUUGCACUUUGUCACAUUGCACUGGGACAGCAGCUUAAUUUGUACUGGAUCCAUAAGAUUGUAGUUCUGGCCAUUCUGCUCUCCACCAUAACAGGAGUGGUGUCCAUUGAUGAUUUCUGGCAGGACGAAUGGGACAUUGUCAUCAUUUCUCUGCAGUUCACAGGGCCGUUCCUACACAUCGGAGCUUUAGCUGCGGUCACAGCAUUAGGGUGGGUCAUCACCAAUCAGGUGGUGCGCAUGGAAAGAUCAAGGCUUCAAGUUGUGAUGCUGGUGAUUUAUGUGAGCAUCCUCCUGGUUCUGUAUCUGGUUCCCCUCUUCAUCUCUUCUCCCUGCAUCAUGGACCGGUCCAAGCUCGGUCCUCGUCCUGCUGUCAUUGGCCGUCGUGGAGCUCCAAUGCUCGCUCCAGAACACACCAUUAUGUCCUUCAGUAAAGCACUGCAACAGAAGGUCACUGCCCUGGAAGCAGAUGUUACCAUCAGUCUGGAUGGAGUGCCCUUUUUGAUGAGGGACCGCACAUUACGCAGGACCACCAAUGUGGACAAACUGUUUCCAGCCCGUCAGGACCACGACGCCUCGUUCUUUAACUGGACAGAGAUUCGCAGUCUCAAUGCUGGAUUUUGGUUCCUGAGGGAUGACCCGUACUGGACUGUGCAGUACAUGUCUGAAAAGGAUCGCAACCGCACGGCCAAUCAGACGGUGUGUAGCCUCGCGGAGCUGCUGCGUCUGGCUGCUAGAACAAACCGCUCCGUGAUCUUCAGCCUGCGGGGACCUCCACCUCAACACCCCCGCCAUCAUGAAAAUGUGAUGUGGACUCCUGACUGGUACAGGAAGAAGGUGCGUGCAGCGGUUCCUCUCCUUCAGCAGACGUCAGAUGAGAAACUUCCUGUGGCUGAGCUGAAAGAAAGAGGGAUCAGUACUCUGACCCUGCACUACAGCCAGGCCAGAGCUCAGGAUAUCAGGCAGUUUUCUGGCAGUAAUGUGAGUGUGAACGUGUAUCCGGUGAACGAGCCGUGGCUGUAUUCGCUCAUGUGGUGCAGCGGGGUUCAGUCCGUCUCUUCUGAUGCUCCACACAUCCUGAAGAAAGUGCCUAAUCCUAUCUGGAUCAUGAGUGCAGAUGAAUAUGGCCUGAUAUGGAUCACUUCAGAUUUAAUCUCUGUGGCGAUUGUCAUUGGCAUCUUCAUAUUUCAGAACUAUCACCUGAUCAGGUGGAAGAUGAGUGGCAUGCGCAGCUACAACCCGGAGCAGAUCAUGCUAAGUGCUGUAGUACGUCGGCCAAGUCGUGACAUCAACCUCAUGAAGGAGAAACUGAUCUUCUCAGAGAUCAGCAACGGUGUGGGGAGCACAGAUGAGCUGUCCGUGUACACAGGAAACGGUCUGGACGCUUAUGCACGCGAUGACAUCAUGAUGCCCGCACGUCAUGCAAACAAACUUUAGUGACGACUUGAAUCCAUUUUAUGGAUCGAACAUAUCGAGCUCAAAAUCAUUCAUUUAGACUGAGUUGCUUAAUAAUCUCCAGUGGAUUAUUUUGAAUGGUUUUUGUUGGUUCACGGACUCUCUGGGACUGUAUGCCACUGAUUCAGUGUUCUGCUUUGAUGCCUUACGUACUGAUGUAUUUUUUCUGCAUCGAACCGUAUUUAAAAUGGAGCUGGCUUAUUGUACACUGUAAAGUUUAGAGUCCAAUCUGAUGAGAGCAGGUAAUAAAAGUGUCCUAUUAUUAAUGUUUGUGAAGAACAGACAGAAGAUUAAUGGAUUUAAUGUUAAAAGCAUGCAGAAAUCAAAGGUUCAGAGAUGGUUUUUGAACCUCAAACUAGCCCAUGUAAAGCUUGACUGUAGGGUGAUAUGAUUAUUUAUUUUUUAUUUAUUUUAUUUUUGUAACGUGAUUUGCUUGCUGGUGAUUCGUAUCUCAUUGCACUAGCUUAAGAUCAGUUUUC